AUGGAGACUAUGAUUGAUUCGAGACGUUUGGAGACUAUUCGAAAUAGAUGUGGCUUUAUGGAUGGAAUAUGUCUAAGUAGUGUGGGAAAUUCGGGUGGCAUUGGGCUUUGGUGGAAGGAUGUUAAUGCUUUUACUAUCUCAUACUCGGAGCAUCAUUUUGCUGUGGAAAUUCGUGAUAGGAAUAAUUUUCCUAAAUGGGUGGCAAUUGGUGUGUAUGGUUGGCCGGAAACCGGGAAUAAACAUUUGACUUUUGAGUUAAUUAAAUCUCUUAAAAAUACAAUGCACAUCCCUAUUGUGUUUUUUGACGAUUUUAAUGAGAUUUUGUGUGAAGAUGAGAAGCAAGGUGGGGUGGCCCGGAGUGAGAGAAAAAUGGAUUUUUUUAGGGAGACCAUCGAAUUAUGUAGCUUGGAGGAUUUGGGGUAUACUGGAAAUAUUUUUACGUGGUAUACGGGUAAUGAUCCGAACACGGUUGUGAGGGAAAGAUUGGAUCGCUUUUUGGCUUGUGAUGAAUGGAGGUUGUUAUUUCCUAGAACCGAGAAUGUUGUCAAAGAUGCAUGGGAUGGUAAUGUUGGCAGCCCUAUUAGCUCCAAAAUUGCAGUGUGUGCUAAUAAUUUGAGCAAGUGGGCGAGUGAUGUCUUUGGAGAUAUAAAGAAGAAAAUUCUGAUGAAAGAAAAGGAGCUACAAGAGUGGCAAAGCCGUGAUCCUGAUGCGGAGAUGUUAGCAAGCUGCAAACAAUUAGUGAAAGAGCUUGAUGAGUUGCAGCACCUUGAUGAGUCGUAUUGGCAUGCCCGAUCUCGGGAGGCUAUUGCAGGGACCGAUUGCUUGGUGACUAAUGAUAUGAAUCAAAAGCUGACGGAGGUUCCUUCAGGGGACGAAAUUUAUAGGGCUCUUAUGCAAAUGCAUCCGAACAAGGCCCCAGGUGUGGAUGGAAAUGAUGUUAUUGAUUAUAUUCAAAAUUGGUGGACUGAUGGGGGGAUCUUAGUGUGGCUAAAAGUUAUCCUUCCCGGUCUUAUUUCUCAUCAUCAAAGUGCUUUUAUCCCGGGUAGAUUAAUAACUGAUAAGGCCAUUGUGGCUUUUGAGAUUUCCCAUGCCAUGAAGAGAAGAAAGGAGGGGAGAGCAGGUACUAUGGCCUUAAAGUUAGAUAUGAGUAAGGCUUAUGAUCAUGUCGAAUGGAGUUUUUUGGAGAAAGUUAUGUGCAAGAUGGGUUUUUGUGGGGAUUGGAUUGGGAAAAUAUUAAUGUGCUUGUCUUCUGUGCCAUAUUCUUUCAAGUGGAAUGGACAGGUGGAUGGGAAUGUAGUGCCUUCCCGUGGUCUUCGGCAAGGAGAUUCUAUCUCCCCGUACCUCUUUCUUUUAUGUGCCGAAGCUUUCUCUACCUUGCUGUCAAAGGCUGCUAAUGAUAAGCUCAUCACGGGUGCUCAGAUGAUAGCAUUUUAUUUGCUAGAGCGACACUUCAGGAAUGCUCGAAAAUUGCCGAAAUUAUUGGCAUAUAUGAAAGAGCAUCGGGACAAAAAAUUAAUUUUGAAAAAUCUGAAGUGUCUUAUAGUAAAUGUGUGA